GAUGCCUGCUAGUCAGAAAUGGUCAUCCAGUUUCAAAGGCAGUGGUGGCGGCGGCGGCAGUGGUGGUGGCGGCAGCUACCAAAACAGGAAGACGAAGGCCUUCUCCAGAGGCGAGACGAUGGUGAACACCUGGACCAGUGGUGGAGCUCUAGUGAGAGGUGCCCGUCGCCCACUGUCUCAACACGACUUGCUACCACAAGCUACACACUGUCUUCCAAGUCUUAUGGGAGACUACUUACCUCAAGCAAGAGACUAUGAUACAAGUCUCAUGGGAAACUAUUCACCACAAGCAAGAGACUAUGAUACAAGUCUCUUGGGAAACUACUCACCAAAAGCAAGAGACUAUGAUACAAGUCUCCUGGGAGACUACUUACCUCAAGCAAGAGACUAUGAUACAAGUCUCAUGGGAAAUUACUCGUCACAAGCAAGAGACUAUGAUAUAAAUCCCAUGAGAGAUCACUGGCCACAUGCCAGAGACUAUGGUAGAAGUCUCUUGGGAGAUUACAUGCCACCUUCUAGAGACUAUUAUGGUAGAAGUCUCUUGGGAGAUUACAUGCCACCUUCUGGAGACUAUUAUGGUAGAAGUCUCUUGGGAGAUUUUAGAGAACAGACUACAGACUUGAUUGAGUCUAUCAGAUAUUACAGUCAACUGGACACCCCUGAGUCCAAGCUUGCACUAAAUAUCCUCACUGCAGUGUUAGCUAAGGUAAGUAGUUAGAAUGGAAUUUACUCU